CUUUGACGGUCUGCACUCUCGAAUGUGGGAAUCAUUAGAAAAAAAGAAAUUUCUUGUCGUGCUUGAUGAUGUUUGGAGUGAAGAUCAUGAUGAUUGGGAUAAACUGAUGCCACUGUUCGAGUGCGGACUUGACGGAAGCAAAAUACUUGUCACAACCCGCAGUCAAAAAGCUGCAUCGGUUGUAGGCAGUUUAGAUACAUCAUAUCGCUUGAAGGGUUUGUCUGAUGAUGAUUGCUGGAAAAUAUUCUCAAAGCGUGCUUCUUUUACUCGAACAGAAGAAGAGAAGUAUCCAAACCUUCAUGCAAUUGGGAAAGAACUAAUGCCGAAAUGUGGAGGUGUGCCUUUGGCUGCAAAAAUUCUUGGUGGUCUCAUGCGCUUCAAGAGAGAGGAGAGGGAGUGGUUGAAUGUGCAGAAUAGUAAUCUUUGGAUUUGGCAGGAUUACAAAAAGAAAAUUUUACCUGUCCUACUGGUAAGUUACAUGCAUUUGCCGCCGCAUCUCAAACAUUGCUUUGCAUUCUGCUCAAUAUUUCCGAAGAAUUACGAAAUCAAGAGGGAGAAAUUAAUCCAUAUGUGGAUGGCACUAGGCCUAAUUCUUCCAGAUGGUGAAAGCAAGGCACUAGAAGAAAUUGGGGAUGAGUAUUUCAAUGAGUUGGUCUCGAUGUCCGUGUUUGAAGAUGUCCAGGAAUAUGAAGGUGGAGCGAUAAGAAGGUACAAGAUGAAUGAAGAUUUUCAGAGUCUUGCCCAAUCUCUUACAGAAAAUGAAUAUUUAGUAUUAACAAACACACCUGCAGGAAACAAUCUCGAACUAGUUCGUCAUGCAUCAAUUGUAUCUAAGCGUAUAUCGUUCCCCAUUCCAGAUGCCCUCCUUCAGAUAAAACAUUUGCGUACUCUCCUUGUGUUCUCAGAAGGUGGAGCUCUGGAAGAGUGUUCCGACAUCUUUAAAAAUUUUCGUUUCUUGAGGAUGCUGGAUCUAAGUGGAUGCCUAGUGCAGCUGCCUUCAAUGAAUUGCCUGCCAUUAUUGAAACAUCUUGAUCUGUCCAACAAUCAUUUCUACAAUUUACCAAAAGAAAUAUCUUCCCUCCGCUCUCUACUGACAUUGAAUUUAUUCCGUUGCUACAAUCUUAGAUCGUUGCCCGAUUUGGCUGUAAUGAGAGGCCUAAGGCAUCUCAACAUCAGCGGAUGUGAAGCACUGAAGGAGAUGCCCUUUGGCAUCGGACUUUUAUCUCACCUUCAGACACUGCCAAUAUAUGUUGUUGGGCAUAAAUGUGAUAUGUGCUUGAACCGCAAACAAUUUUUUCAUCGUAAGUGUGAGUAUCACGCUCUCAUAUCACAUCUGAAACUUUUUGCACUUAAAGGGGAACUAAAAAUCAAGCGCUUAGAGCGAGUUGAUGAUGUUAAACAAGUGGAAUCGAUGCCUCUGAUGAAUAAAGAGUAUCUGGAGUCCUUAGGACUUUGUUGGGGAGAUGAAGCAGCAGAUCUCAUCAUGAAUCCUGCUUUAGAAGCCAACAUAGCCAGAUUCCAAGAAAGAAAGGAGCAUGUACCAGGGCCGUCAGGGGAGCCUGAAACACAUGCUUCUGAUUGUGAUCCGGUCUUGGCUGGGGAAGUUUUGGCGGGCCUCCAACCACAUAAAAAUUUGAAGAAAAUGUUCAUAGUUGGUUAUCCUGGAAUCAAGUUUCCACACUGGGUUCUUCCAAACCUAACUGAGAUGGUGUUGAUCAAUUGCCGAGGAUGCGUGCAGCUACCAAUUCUUGGUCAUCUUCCAUUUCUUAGAACACUGCGCAUGGAAGGAAUGGACAACAUUGUGCAUAUUGGCCGUGAGUUCUACGGUGAGGAUCGUAAAUCAUUUCCAUCACUGCAAGAAUUAUUUAUGAUAGACUUUCCAAGUUUGCAAACGUGGGAUUGUCUGAAUGACACAGAAAAAUCUCCACUACUGAGCAAAUUAGUCAUCAGAAAGUGUCCAAACCUUGAUUCACUCCCAUUGUUUCGCUCUCUAAAGCAUUUGGAGAUGCAGAGUUGUCGUUCAAUCUUGUUAAAUAGAAUGGAAGAAUUAACGUUGCUUUCAACCAUAAUAAUUGAAGGGUUUGAUGAUUUGUCAUCUCUACCAGAAAAUUUGGUCAGAAAUAAUUGUCUCCUCACGAGCUUGAAGAUAAAAUCUUGCCGGACACUUCGGCUCCUUGGUUCAGGUUUCAGAUGCCUGACUUCCCUUAAAUCGCUGAACAUUCGAUGGUGUGAUCAACUCUCCUUGCCACCGGAAGGAUUUGAAAACCUCAAUGCUUUGGAGUAUUUCGAAAUCAUUGAGUGCAACAGUAUUGAAACUCUUCCAGAGAAUCCAAUUGGAGGUUUGAUAUCUCUUCAGACCUUGUCAAUUGAGAACUGCAGUAAACUGAGUUCCAUAUCAGCUGGACUUCAAUAUCUUACAGCUCUCAAACACUUGACCAUUAUGUACUGUCCAAAUCUAGCUGGUUUGCCAGAUAGUUUAGAGCACCUUUCUUCCCUUUUAAGUUUGGCCAUUAUAAACUGCUCUCUGAUAGAAUGUUUGCCCGAGAGUCUCCAGCACGUCAAAACACUUCAGCGUCUGGAAAUACGGAACUGUCAAAGAAUUGCAAAUUUGCCAGAGUGGUUGGACAGUUUUGCCACACUGAGAACACUAGCAAUAUCUGAAUGCCCUAAUAUAAAAUCCUUGCCUCUUGCUUUUCAACGCCUGGAAAAACUCCAGCACCUAUCUAUUCAAGACUGCCCUGAUCUCCAAAGGCGUUGUCAGAGAGAUAGAGGUGAAGAUUGGUGGAAAGUUUCUCAUGUUCCGCAUAAAUACAUCUUCUCGUCUCAGUAGCAGUAAUUCAGGUUACCAGCCUCUUGGCUUGAAAAGGGUCUCUACUGCAAAUUAAGGUCACUUGGCUUUGAUGUCUUUCUUGAAUUGCCUGGACUGUUGAAAUAAUGUCUAAUUUUAGAAGAGAUGGAGACAUGGAAUUUCAGUAGCCAAAUUACAGCUAUGUAAAAGCAUGCUUCUGCAACUUCAAUGCUGGUUCUUCCUGUUGUUUAUCUGAUGCAAAGUACCGCUCUGUUUCUUAUGUGCUUUCUUAAGAUGAUUGUUGAAUCUAGUACUCAAUUUGGUGCUAUGACCUUAGGCCAAGAAGUCGG